UGCGCAGUCACACCGCGCAGCUCCGAGAAGAGAAGCGGCCGGGGGAUUUCACACGGUGCAGCUCAGCUAAGAAAUCAUCCCUCUGGAAAGGGACAGGAAGAGAGAACGGCGCGAUUUUAGUGCUCCUCAUUAAUGCGAGUGUUUCGUCCCAACGGGAAUAUACAAAGCGCUAUCUCGGAUUCUCUUCGGCACACACCGGACCAGAAAUCCAGCGGGGCCGGGAUGACGUCACAGCGGAGAAAGGUCGGCGGAUUAAGACUGCAAGUACUGUCCCCCUGGUUAUUACUUUUGUUCAGCGGCGCGCUCUCAGAGCAGGCCUACUAUUCAAUUCCCGAGGAAAUGGGAAAGGGGUCCCUUGUGGGCAAUCUGGCUAAGGAUCUGGGUCUGAAUAUCAAAGAUCUGGGACACAGGAAACUGCGAGUUGUCUCCACAGCGACAAACCAGUACUUUAGAAUCAGUACAGAAAAUGGGAAUUUAUACGUAAAUGAUAGAAUUGACCGGGAGGAAAUAUGUGGGAAAGCGUCGCUUUGUGUUCUAAAGUUAGAAGCCGUGGUUGAAAACCCAUUAAACAUUUUUCAUGUGAAUGUUGCAAUCGAGGAUGUAAAUGAUAAUGCACCCAGCUUCGGCAGGGAUACUGUGGAUUUAGAAAUCAGUGAAUCCACCUUGCCAGGAGCAACAUUCCCUGUAGGGAGUGCCUUGGAUUCGGAUGUCGGGAGUAAUUCGCUGCAGAAUUACGACCUCAGCUCGAACCAGUAUUUUAUCUUGAGAGUGAAAGAGAACAAGGAUGGAAAUAAAUAUGCUGAUUUGCAACUGGAAAAACUUUUAGAUCGUGAAAAGCAAAGUUCCCAUCUCUUGAUCCUGACAUCUGUAGAUGGGGGAGAUCCAGUAAGGACUGGGACAGUUCAGAUUAGGAUUAAUGUUACUGACGCCAAUGACAAUCCUCCCAUAUUCACUGAAAACGUGUACAAAAUCAGACUCCGGGAAAACCUACCAAAGGGCUCGCUAGUUCUUCAGGUGAAAGCCAGUGAUGCGGACGAAGGGUCCAAUGCGCGAAUUACAUAUUCGUUCAGCAACACACCAGACCGUGUACGUCAGUUAUUCUUUCUGGAUCCCGGAAACGGAACCAUUACAACUAGCGGUAUUAUUGAUUAUGAAGAGGCAACCAGUUAUACCCUUAGUAUGGAAGCCAAAGAUGGAGGAGGACUAGUUGGCCACAGUAAAAUUGAAAUCGAUAUUACAGAUGAAAAUGACAAUUCCCCCAAACUGACACUUACCUCUGUGUCCAGUCCCAUUCCCGAAGAUUCUCUGCCUGGGACAGUGAUCGCUCUGAUCAAUGUAUAUGAUAAGGAUUCUGGAGAAAAUGGCCAGGUCAGCUGUCUCAUUAAAGAGGACUCUGCUUUUAAAAUAAUAUCGUCUUCCAAUAAUUACUACAAGCUGCUCACUGACCUACCCCUGGACAGGGAGCGGGCCCCGGAGUACAACAUCACAAUCACGGCCACAGACAAGGGCUCCCCCCCGCUCUCCACCCAGAAAACCAUCCUCUUGCAGAUCUCGGAUGUCAAUGACAACGCCCCUGUCUUCGAGAAACCUUCCUACAGCGCCUACGUGCCCGAGAACAACCCCUCGGGGGCCUCCAUUUUGAGCGUCAAAGCCUCAGACCGGGAUCUGGACGGCAACGCCCGGGUCACUUACUCCAUCCUGCGCAGCAGCAUCCAGAAGCUGCCUGUCUCCUCCUACGUGUCCAUCAACUCCCAGACCGGAGCGCUGUACGCGCAGCGCUCCUUCGACUACGAGCAGUUCCGGGCGUUCGAGCUGCAAGUGAGAGCCGAAGACGGCGGGUCCCCGCCCCUCAGCACAAACGUCACCGUCGGCGUGUUUAUCCUUGAUCGGAACGACAACGCCCCUCGCAUCCUGUAUCCCUCGCUCGGGCCCGAGGGCUCGGCCGUGUUCGAGAUGGUCCCUCGCUCUGCCGAGGCGGGUUAUCUGGUGACGAAGGUGGUGGCGGUGGAUGCGGACUCGGGACACAACGCCUGGCUCUCCUACCAUGUGCUGCAGGCCACGCAGCCGGCGCUCUUCCAGCUGGGGCUGCACAGCGGGGAGAUCCGGACCGCGCGCGCCUUUGCGGACAGAGAUGCGGUGAAGCACCGGCUGGGCGCCCUGGUGAAGGACAACGGGCAGCCGCCUCUCUCCGCCACCGUGACUCUGAGCCUGGUGUUCGCCGAGAACUUCCAAGAGGCUCUUCCGGAAAUGAGCGACCGGUCGGCUGAGUCGGCGCCGCAGUCUGAUUUGCAGUUCUACUUGGUGUUGGCCUUGGCCUUGGUCUCGUUUCUCUUCCUCCUGACGGUGACACUGGCCAUUGCGGUGAGAUUGCGAAGGUCGAGGCAUCUCCCUGUUUUGCAGUGUUUCGCUUCUGAUCAUUCUUGCAACUCAGGUCCUGUAUUCGCACCAAACUACUGCGAUGGAACUUUACCUUACACCUACAACCUGUGUAUGGCCGCAGAUUCCGGAAGAAUUUACUCUAAUUUUCUAAAACCGAGUCGCCAGGAUAGUGCUGGAGACACCAACCUUUCUGAUGAGAACUCUGUCAUGAUAUUUCAGAAAAAGAAUGAAGCCACACCCGAAAAGGAUAGCAUUCCUCCGAGAGAGAGGUAA